AUGGCUACAGAUGAAAGGGACACUAAACAGAAUGUUCAGGCUGAGGUACUGGGUACUGAUGCUUCAGAGAAGAUCAAGUCUGGAGGUUUUCUGACUACAUCUGAAAUUGUAGGGAUGAUCAAUUUGUUUAAGAAACCUUACAAGAAAAGGGCAGGCAAAUUCCAGCCUUUCAAGAAGUUUUUUGGUAAAAGGAAAAAGAGAGACGCAACGUCAGACUGUGAGGAAGCCAAUUUGAAACCCAGCCACUCUUUCGGGAAUGUAUGCAAUGGCCUCUCUUCAGAUGAAGAAACAAACAAUGGUUUGAGGUCCUCCAACUAUACUAUGGGCACUCGAGCCUUUUCCCAUGACAGUAUUUUUAUACCUGAUGGGGAAGCAGAGAGUGAGCAGGCAGUCCAAGCAAUGUCACAGGACAAAAUCCUAGGCAAAGUCAAAACCCUUCAGCAACAGUUGUCCAAGACUAUUAAAUUUGGACAACCACCACAAAUGACAAUUUCUGAGAGGACAAUGGAGGAGGCAAAUGCUAGUUUAGAAGAGGACUUAUUACUCAGUAGCCCAAUGGAGAUUGAGACUCAACAGGACACAGUGCUCUCGGACAGUGAUAAUAAAUUAAGUGACACACCGGAUUCAUUAAACCCUAUGCGUGUGCCUGGGACAGGACAUGAAGUAGAGAAGAAGGUCACUCCAGUCAAAUCGUCUCGGUCAAAAAGACACAUUUCCUCUGGUGGCACAAUUGAAUCAAUCAAUCUUGAUGCGGUCCCCCAGGCAGUCGCUCGUCUGGACAACAGUGCGGCUAAGCACAAGCUCUCCAUAAAGCCAAAAAAACAGAGGCUGUCAAGAAAACACAGAAGUUUAACAAAGGAGUCACAAAGCGUAACAGUGACCGAGUUUGAGCAAGAAAACCCAGAAACCCACCAGUACAGAGAGAGAUACCCAGAUGACAAUGGACUAAUUGGCACAGCUAAGCCAACCCAGAACAGAGCGGGGCAAAAGCAGCUUGAGUUAGCAGAUGAGAAAAGAAAGCAAGAAGAUCACUGGAGAAUGCUUGAGGCAAAAGAGAAAAGACAAAUGGCAGAAGCAGAGGAAAAAAAACAUCUGGAAGAACAAAGAUGCCAGGAAGUUGAAGAGAUGCAAAGUGAACAGGAGAGAAAGCGUUGUGAGGAAGAGAAAAGGCAGCAUCUCCUUGAGGAGGAGAAACAUUUGAAAAGAAAAGAGCAGAGGCACCAGGAGGAGAAGAAAAAACAAGAAGAAGAACGGAGACGACAGGAACUGGAGGAGCAGAAAAGACUGGAAGAACGGAGACGACAGGAACUGGAGGAGCAGAAAAGACUGGAAGAACGGAGACGACAGGAACUGGAGGAGCAGAAAAGACUGGAAGAACGGAGACGACAGGAACUGGAGGAGCAGAAAAGACUGGAAGAACGGAGACGACAGGAACUGGAGGAGCAGAAAAGACUGGAAGAACGGAGACGACAGGAACUGGAGGAGCAGAAAAGACUGGAAGAACGGAGACGACAGGAACUGGAGGAGCAGAAAAUAAAAGGACUGGAAGAACGGAGACGACAGGAACUGGAGGAGCAGAAAAUAAAAGGACUGGAAGAACGGAGACGACAGGAACUGGAGGAGCAGAAAAUAAAAGGACUGGAAGAACAAAGACAAGAAUUUGAGAAAAGGCAUCUUCAGGCUGAACAGAAGCUGCAGCAGGAGGAAGAAGCUAAGAGACUGGAAGAACAAAGCCAGCAUCAGAAGGAAAAAAAGAAGAGACGAGAAGAACAAACUCUACUAAAACUGGAGAAGCAAAAGACACAAGAAGAACAAAGAAGACAUGAACCAGCAGAACAAACGCACCUGGAGAGUGAAGAGAGAGAACAACAGGGGAAAUUUAAAAUAAGGCAAGAGGAAUUAAAUGAACAAGAACUGAAAGAACAGACAGAAAUACAUGUGGAUGGACAACAGCAUCUGGAAAAGCAAAAAGAACAAGAGCAAGCCAUAAGACAGCAACAGGUCAAAGAAGAAGUGAGUUCUGUGGAUGCUGGUAGGGAAUCCAUGGAGAAGCAGCUUCAAGAAGAAUCAGACCAACAAAAAACAAAACAAUCACAGAAAGGGGAAGAAACGGUGCAAGAAAAGCUAACACCAAAGCAGAAGAGAGAAGUCGAAGCUCAGGAGCAGAAGAUAGGUGAAGAACUAAGAUGGCAGGAAGUAGAUGAAAGGCAGGCUAUGCACAGACCAUUCACAUUUCAAGUGUCAUCGGGAGAGAAACAGAUCAUAUUUCAGAAAGUGAAUUUGAGCCCUGUUACUCCUGUCAAAGAGGCAGCACACCAUUCUGCCCUCAAAGAAUCCAAGACCCACAAAUUUAGCAAAGGUUCUACUGCACUCCCCUACUCUUUGAGCGUCCCACACACAGCUAUUUUGGUUACUGGAGCACAGCUUUGUGGCACUGCCGUAAACCUGAAUCAGAUCAAAGAUACAGCUUGUAAAUCUUUACUUGGUUUGACAGAAGAAAGAAAAAACCUGGAUAUUCCCCCACCAGAAAACACCCAGAAAACUACUCUUGAUCCCAAAUCUAGCCGCAGUAAAAUGAAGUAUACACAGGAGACCUUGAACAACCAGGACAUAUUAGCUGAAUGGGCUUCUAUUAGAUCUAGAAUGCUAAAGAGUGCAGAAAACAGCAAGCUAAAUGAAAAAGACCGAGUAAGUGUCUGUAGAUACAGUGAUGACUGGACACCCAAAGGACAUGGUACUUCCCAUGGCAAUUUAAGGAAAACCCUUUCUGCAAAUGCAAAAUUUUCCAUAACACCAGCAUGGCAGAAAUUUUCAGAAACCUCAAAAGCCAAUGCAGAUGCUGAGAGUGCAAGUGGUGCAGAAGGUACUGAACCAGAGAACACAAGAAAAAAGACAGAUUCAUCCAAUGAUGCAAAUGAUGAUGUGGCUGCUCACAAUGAGACUCCAGCUUGUAAAGAUAAUGCGACUGAAAUGGCUACAAAGAGGGAAACACACCUUGAAAUGGCAAACAACACAGAAGGCUAUAAGUUUGCCAAAGAUCUUCCAUCUUUCCUUGUUCCAAGCCCCUCUCAUUCUCCAGGAAAAGAACUGCCCCAAUCAGAAUCUCCAGCUACUUUGGAAAGUCAGCAGAACACUGGUACAAGAAAACUGGAUAAAACAGCACCACGUGAAGAAGAAAAUGUUUCUCCAUUUGGGAUAAAGUUAAGAAGGACAAAUUACUCCUUGCGUUUCCACUACGAUCAACAGGAGGAGCAAAAGAAAAAGAAAAGAUACAGUGCAGGAGAUAGUUUUGAUGGUGUACCUGCCCCACUAGUUACAACAGAAAGUGGAAAAGAAACCAUUAAUACCACUCUAAAAGACAGUAUAUCCCCUAGCCUAGAGAGAAGGGAUGCCACUGUUAAUGUUUUAAAAGACUCUUCAAAUAAUGUUUCGGAGAACUCAGACACAACAGUUACACUGUUAUUCCCAUCGACCAACAGCCAGAUUCCUUUACCUAGUCAUGAGAAACCUGUGUGUAAAUCAUCACUCCAACAGAAACCUGCAUUAGCUCCAAAGCCCACAAACCAGACCCCUCCAUCCUCUCCUCUCUCUAAAAUGAACAGAUCAAACUUAGCUGACACGUUAGGUCAAAGGGCGGCUAAACCUGAGUCAGACACCACCUGGAAAAAAGAAGACAGUAAAGUGAACGUGGUUCACUCGCCAGCACAGAAUGAGAACAAAAAUGAAGAGGAAGAAACCAGAGAAAAGAAGUCAUUUUUCCCAUCUAUCACCAUGCCAUGGAGAGAGAAAGCUGACAAAAAGCCUGAGCCACUGAAAAAAGAAAAGCCAGUUCUCCAGAGCAGGCAUUCUUUAGAUGGCUCCAAAUUGAUGGAAAAAGUUGAAUCUGCACAACCGCUGUGGAUUACAUUAGCACUACAAAAGCAAAAGGGAUUUCGUGAGCAGCAAGCUACCAGAGAGGAGAGGAGACAAGCCAGAGAGGCAAAGCAGGCUGAGAAGCUCGCUAAAGAUAAUGCUGCUGUAAGCAAUCAGUCAGAUAAUAAAGGCAGCAAUAUCAGCAAAACAAGUGUACUGCAGAAACCUAUACCUCAGGAAGACGAGAAGAAAAUUGAGAUGGCUGUGUCAAGACUAGAACGCAGAGAGCAGCUCAAAAAGUCCAAUACUCUUCCUACUUCUGUGACAGUGGAGAUUUCAGAUUCUGUUCCAUCAACUCCAUUAGCAAAAGAGGUUACGAAGAGAUUCUCUACUCCUGAUGCUAACCCUGUGUCAACAGAACCAGCCUGGCUGGCCCUAGCCAAGAGGAAAGCAAAAGCCUGGAGUGACUGUCCGCAGAUCAUUAAGUAA